AUGAGGGCUGUGCGGGGUUUUGCUUCCCGCUCAGCGGGCCGGAUCCGACGCUCGGCUCUGGUCGGUCGGCUGCAGGCGCUGUUGCACGAGCAGCAGGAGGCACUGGGUGGCGAUCCUCGCUGGCAGCCGGCUGUCAGCCUGAAGCGGACCAAGCCGAAGGCCGGGCGGAUGAACGGCCCCAUACGGAUGACAAAGUUCCUGUUGCCAAGCCAUCUCUCUUCAAGCAACUGCGGCAAGGUGGCAAUAACCAGCUUGAACCUGGAAUCUGGUCCAGUGAGAUUAGAUGAGGCCGGGAAGCUGGAAGUGCACAUCCAGAGCUUCAGGCACUGGAAGGUGCGCGUGAUGUGCCCGGAGCGGGGAGGAAGUGAGGAGCAGCCUUCGUGUCUGAAAGAAGUCACGGAGCGUGUUGGAGGAGAUCCCAAGGCGGGCAGCUUCCUGGCCCCUGAGAGCGGCUUUCCGGUACCCCUCCAUCGGGCAGUUGGCAAGUCUCUGGGCACCGCGCUGAAGCCUCGAAGGGAGAGCUCGGAUGAGCCGGAGGACGAGGAGGAGGAAAUCGACCUGGAAAACCGGAAGAUGCUCAUGAACACUUCGCCCGAAGAGGUCAGGGAGUGGCAGCAGCAGCUGCUGCAACACUUGGGCGCCGAGACCUGCGAACUCCUCCGGAAGCGAGGGCAGCGGAAGCUCAAAGCCAAGAUGCCCAAGACACCCGCGCUGAAGAGGGCUGAAGAAGAGGUCAAGGAGCCAGUGGCAAAAGCUGCAGAGGACGUGGAGCCGGAGGCAGGCAAUCCCAUCGCCUUAGAGACGGAGCAGGGCUGUCUUGGUGUGCUGGACCGGUCAGAGCUACAGAAGCUUCAGUGGACCUUGCCGGCUGGAGAGCCCGACUUGGAGAAGGUUCUGGCAGAUGCCAGCCUGCCACCGGAGCCCUGCGGCCGAGCACUGCAGCUCAUGCGCUUUGAUUUUGAGGGCCGCGUGUGCCCCAGAGGCGAGCAAGCCCAGGAGCUGAUGCUGAGCAGCGACCCGGGGAGCCAGCCCGCGUUGAACUCCAUGUGGUGGCUCCUUGCCUUGAGUUUGAGCCUGGCAGAGACUAGGGAUGUUCCAAACACCGCGCCCUCAGACGAGGGUACGGAGGGCAGCUCCUUCCUGCAGACCCAGGCUGCAGAAGUGCGGCGAGGCGGACGUGUCCCGGAGUAUUUGGAGCUCAAGGCUAUGGGCCAGAAGGCUUGGAAAGAUAUACCGCUGCUUGAUGCCACACGCGGUAUGAACACAGACAUGAAUGGCAGGUUUUGCACCCUCUGUGGGCACCCGGACCCGCAAAAGCCCUGGGGCAACUACACGGAACGCAAGGACUGUGGCAACCACAGUGUCUUGGAACAUCCUGAGAGUCUCUUCAAGCCUUUGGCAGACUUCGACAGAGGCAACAGCAACGGCUUCUGCGAGCUGAAUAUGCAGAAGAUGUGUGCAGAUGCUUUGUACAACAAGAAUUUCUUGAUCCAAGCCAGGCAAAUUAACAGCACAGGCACAGCUGUCUUGCUGUAUGAUGCCACUUAUUGCGAUCACCUCGGGUGGCUUGGAGCUGACUAUCGCUCCCUGCAGUUUGACUAUGAGGGGAUGAAGUCCAAGGCCGACAAGUUCUGUGAGGCGCGAAUUGAAAAAGCCAAGAACAGGACCAUGGCCGACAUGUUGGCGAUCUACUUCCCUUCCUUUGCGCCGGGGCAGCCCAGCAAAGAGGAGGCACAGUUGGUGGCAGACUGGACUUGUGCCAUGGGCUCUUCUGGAUGCGACAUGACUUAUUGUGCUUACAGCUAUUGCAAGAAGCCUGAUGGGACUUUUGGCACCCUUCAAGAGUGCCCAGGAUGGGAUCCUGACAAGGGCAUGCCCAUCUAA